GGAAAACUCUAUAAGCCCAAUGGUAUCAACGUUUUGUUGAGGUGGGAAUAUAUAAGCAUUCCACGCCACGACGAUAAUUUACGAAAGUAACGGAGACUUGCCCCAGACAACAACGAAAGGAAAACCCGAUCCAAAACUCUCUCCGAAAAAGGGGAAAAAAGUAAACCGGAAAAAAUAUGUUGCAGAGACCCGCUCGACGCUGUGAAGGCACCGCUAUGGGCGCCAUAGUUCUCGACCUCCGUCCCGGUCUUGGCGUCGGACCUUUCACUCUCGGGAUGCCUAUAUGUGAAGCUUUUGCUCAAAUUGAACAACAGCCUAAAAUUUACGAUGUUGUUCAUGUGAAGUAUUAUGAUGAGGAGCCAUUAAAGCUUGAUAUUGUUAUAAGUUUUCCAGAUCAUGGCUUCCAUCUCCGUUUUGACCCAUGGUCUCAGAGGUUGCGCCUUAUCGAAAUUUUUGAUAUCAAACGUCUUCAAAUGCGCUAUGCCACUUCUUUGAUAGGAGGACCAUCUACUCUUGCUACCUUUGUAGCUGUCUAUGCACUUUUUGGUCCAACCUAUCCAGGAACUUAUGACAAGGAUAGAGGUGUUUAUACCCUAUUCUACCCAGGUCUUUCUUUUGCUUUUCCUAUUCCGAGUCAGUAUUCAGAUUGCUGUCACGAUGGGGAAGCGGAAUUGCCUUUGGAGUUUCCUGAUGGCACAACUCCUGUUACCUGCCGCGUAUCCAUAUAUGAUAGUUCUGCAGGCAAAAAAGUUGGCGUUGGAUCCUUAAUGGAUAAGGCAUCAGCACCUCCAUUACCUACUGGCAGCAUUUACAUGGAAGAGGUGCAUGCCAAGCUUGGUGAAGAAUUGUUUUUCACUGUUGGAGGGCAACAUAUUCCUUUCGGCGCAUCACCACAGGAUGUCUGGUCUGAAUUAGGGCGUCCUUGCGGAAUCCAUCAAAAGCAGGUUGACCAGAUGGUUAUUCACUCUGCUUCUGAUCCUCGACCGAGGACAACUCUUUGUGCUGAUUAUUUCUACAAUUAUUUUACUCGUGGUUUGGACAUCUUAUUUGAUGGCCAGACUCAUAAAGUCAAGAAGUUCGUUUUACACACGAACUAUCCUGGUCAUGCAGAUUUCAAUUCAUACAUAAAGUGCAACUUUGUUAUCCUAGUUGGAGGAUCAUUCCCGGAUGUUAACAACUACAAAAAUCGAAUUACUCCAAGCACCAAAUGGGAGCAGGUCAAGGAAAUCCUUGGUGACUGUGGCCGAGCGGCUAUUCAAACACAAGGUUCUACCAGCAAUCCUUUUGGCUCUACUUUUGUUUAUGGCUAUCAGAAUGCUGCAUUUGAGGUUAUGAAGAACGGCUAUAUUGCAACCGUGACACUCUUCCAGUCCUGAUAAUAAGCAAUCUCUUGUCCGAUAGGUUGUUCCUCUGCACAUCUGAAAGGUGCGUUAUGCUUACAAUCAUUGAUGCAAAGUAUAAUUUGUACACUCUUAUGGGGAAAGCAACAAUAAUUGUACAGUAAUGUAUUGAUUUGUAUAGUUGAUUUGUGAUUUAGCAUACAUUGACCAUGUAUCUUCUGUAAUUAUUCUUCCUUAAAGUGGAACACUACAUUGUUUUUUAA